AUGCGAUGCUCAUCAGAGUCAAAUUGGGUUGAAUUCCAACUGGAGUCCAUCCGUCGGCACUGUUGUGAACUUCUUCGUCUUCAACGCCCAUCAUUCUCGGUUGAGACGGUCCGCAAAUGUCGACAUCGAGAAUUGCAACUUGUUUCGACGGAUCUGAAGCGAGAGCACGAGCCAGCACAUCCGGAAGCUUUUCCUGCUCCAGCGCUUCCAGUUCCAGGGCAACCAGCGUUAGCAUCCUCGGGAACGUCUGACAUUUUUGCUGAAACAGAUUCCAAUAAAAUAAAUCGAUAA